AUGGAAACUAUAAGCGUCAAGCUGAGCACUGGAGAUGUUCAUCGUCGAUUCAAGAUUCGGGGCAAUGAUAUGAGUGAACUAUUCAAAGAUCUGACCGAGAAUAUCUCUCAAAUUUCACAGCCUGGAGGAGAAUUUGAUGUUGCAUGGCAAGAUGAAGAUGGUGACAGCGUUGUCAUCACCCGUCCUGUGGAGCUUGGAGAAGCGAUCGAAGCACGAAAGGAUGCCACCCUUAGACUUCAUUCGUUAGAAAAGAAAGUCGAGAAG